UCUUUUUUUACUUUUUUAAUCUUUUUCUAACAUCUUCAAAUUUGAUUUUUUUUUGGCUCUGCGACAUUAAGGCAGCUUUGGCAUGUUGAUCAGGCUGUCACCGCUUGAGAUUUGCUUAGUGGGGUUGAUUGCCAGCCUUGCGCCCAGUAAACGUUCAUGCAUCUUUCGAUUCAAUUGUUCUUUCAUGACUCUUCUUUUUGCUUCACCAUUUGUAGUCGCCUGAAUUUUCUCUCUGCAUAGUCUCAUACUGAUCCUUUGAACUCGACAAGCGAGAUCAGGCAUCAAGUUCUACAAGAAGAUCCACUGUCCCCUGCCUUGGAAGUUGGAGCUCAUACACACAUACCACUUCCAGCUACUCGGUCACGCAGCAUCAACAACAAUCAGCAACCGCUGAAAACUUGACUUUAGCCAGAACAGAUAUUGCCUCUAGAAUUUCCUUCAAGAUGGCAUCCUACACUUCCACGCCACUUUUUGGCGGAGCCCUUAUCGUCGACCUCCCCUCGACCUUUGCCGACGUCAGCACAAUCCGUCAAGUCCCCGACCACCAAGAAGUCUACCUCGACAAAGACGGCUUCACAAGCAUCAUCUUCGACAUCACAGAACGCGUCGGCCUCCCAGGCUCCGGCCCAGCAGUCGACGGCGCCGCCCUCACCACCCACCUCGAAGACAUCGUCGACUCCGACACCGACACCGUGAAAGUCUGGAACACGUCCAACACCCAAUUCUCCAAGCUUCCUGAAGGCAUUCCAGCCUAUACGCUGAUUGCGACACAAACUCCGGCCGCGGCGCCAAAUAGCAAGAACCCAGAUUUCACGGCUAUUGUCCUGACGUUGAUUCGGUUGGAGAAGGAGAGUACGGAUAUCCUGGUUACGAUUAAUGUGCCGCAUAUCAAGGGCGAGUAUACGGAGGAGGAGAUCGAUAUGCAGAUGGGGAAGCAGGGCAAGUUGAUUGAGAUGGCGGUGGAGUUUGCGGCGAAGAUUUGGGAGACGUUUAAGAUUAAGGAUUGGGGGCUGUUUAAUGAGGUUUAGGUGGGUUUGGUUGGGGUUGCGGAGUAGGUAAUAGGUGAUGGGAAGGAGGGUUACGUGAUGGGAUUAGAGUCCGACUGGACUCUUUGUGGAAAUGGGUAUGGAUCAGUUCUCAUGGGAAGAAGUGAAGAAUGGGAGGAUAUCUGGACUCGGAAUGAACAUCAUGACUGAAUGAUCUGUUGCAUGGGAUUGGGAACUUUCAUAGCGCAUCACAC